GUUUAUUUAAUUUCGCGUUUACUCGGACGCACUCUUAUUUUGUGUUCGAAUGAAAUCUUUUCAAUAUAACAGCGUGUCCUUUUGAAAUGUUGCUAGGCAACAACAAACGGUUGGUAUGCCUGCUCUCCUGUGUCGUCCUCGAAGAAAUAUGUUCUUAGUUGAACAUUAUUUUAAGUAUUAAAAGUCAAUUGGAGCUCAGUAUGACAGACGCAAUGAGGAUAGCAGACCUGCCGAGGGCUGGAAAACAAGUUCCAAUUGGGGACAGAGCAGCAACUUGUCUUCAAGAAAUAACAAGGGCCACAACUCCGCCUAUGGUUCGAAAGUACCGCAACAGCAACCGACCAGGACUCGGCAUGGUCCGAGUGCACCACGGCAAGGCCAACGACCCAAAAGUGGCCGCCACCCUCGUUCACGGUCUCUGCAGCAAGUCUUCGCAAACGGCUGCGGUUUUGCUCAACCCGCAACCUGUCAGCAAGUUCCAACAGAAGCUGCAGGAAUUCAGUGAGGCUGUGAUUGCCUCACGGAAGGCGGCGUUACAGGGACGCUCGCCAAACCCUGCCGGACUUCCCAUCUGGUACAAUGAGCAAACCACGUUUGGAAUUAAAACACUUCGGGAUGUGGAAGCCGCCGAUUUGAUUUAUCCUCCUAAAACUUUGGAAGAGCUGGAAAAGGAGGAACAGGAGGCGCACAAGGUUUACGUUCGCAGUCACAACGGAUACUUUGUUGGUGAGCAAAAAGACAGGAAGUACAACUAUGACAAAAGCAUUUGCUUUGGGAUCCAGACGCCCUUUUGCAAAGACGGACGCCAAGUCAGUAGAAGUUUGCAUUGGUUGGGAGAAUCCACCAGGUUGUACAAUCCAAACCCCGAGUGGAAGAGAUCUCCAAACAGCAGGGAGAAGUUGGAACGACAAAUUGGAAACGUGAACAAGAGAGGAAACAACGUUGAGGUGCCCCUAGACCGCACCUUUGGAAUUAUCAUACCACAAGAUGAAUACAGUGUGGAGGAACUGAUCCAUUCAGCGGAGCAGCCAGUGGAUAAGCGAGAGCGAGGCAGCGAGCGCCAGCGUUGCCUGGCCAUGGCCGUGCGGAACCGCCUCAAAGUGAUCAAUUUGCAGAACUUCCCGUCAUUGCUGCAAGCCUUCAGGCACUAUGACAAGAAAGGCAAAGGGCGCAUCGACAAGGAGGACCUGCAGGAGGUGUGCCGUCACUUUCAGGUGGUCGCCAGCGAGGCCGUCCUGGACGACGUGGUGAACGACUGCGACCUCGACCGAGACGGAUUCAUCAACUUCCUGGAGUUUGCCAACUUUCUGAACUUGAAGGACAAGAUGCCGCUGGACAAACGGGAGCAGCAUUUGGUCAUGAACAGCCAGUUCCAGACCGGCUUAGACUGUGACCACAAAUUGCGAUUGUCUGAACCUGGUUGUGGCGCUUUGUUGACAACCAGUGACCUGGAACCUUUCAAGACCGGCAGCUCAAAGAGGAUCGUGAGGACCCUCAGACGACCCGAGCAACACUCAGACCGCUUCAUCACCACUGCUUCCUUCAUUGGGGCCACUGCGGAGGAGCCGCAACCAUCUUACGCUCGCACCUUCGGUGUACCGUCAGUGCGCACGGACCUCGUGCCGCCGCGCAACCGGAGGUUCAACAACAACAUCAACUACGGUGACGUGGUCUCAGUGGUGGAUGUGCUGCUGCCAUCAGUUUACGCACGCCAAGGAGUCUACCAGGACCACUUCUUCUGCCCACGCUCCAAGUCAGAAAUUGCUGAGAUUUUCAGCAACGUGGGUGCAAACCUUCCCGAAGAGACGUUCGAGGAGGCCUGGAAUCUGGCCUCUACGAAGCAUCCCGGCGGCGAAGUCUGCGUGGAAUCCUUCCGAACGGUACUCAAGGAAAUCAAUGCUUUUUAGUGAGGACCAAAAAAUUGGUUUUAGCGGCUAUUUUUUAGUUUUCUACCAAAUGUGGGCAUUUAAUGUCACGAUGAAAUGAUUCAAAAUGUCAACUAUCAAGACGAAAACUAUCUUUUAAUUAGCCGAGGAACAAAGACGUGUGGUGGAAUGCUGUGGACUUAUAAAUGAGUCAUGCAAAUGAUUUGCUGUGUUUUUUUUAAAUCAUUUGUUCUGUGUGAACAUUAUAUUUGAGGUCUAAUUGCAUCAAAGGGACAAAACAAUUCAUUUACAGGCUGUUUGGCUUCACGGAGCUAUUUUGCCAUCAUUUUGGCUAAGCGGAUUAAUGAAGCGUCUUGUUGGCAUGCCGCCUCGACUCGUUGACGCUGUGAAAUAGUUUUAAAUAAAUCAAAAUAUGAAUUCA